AUGGAGCCGACCCGGCAAACGACGGAGGAGGCCGCGUCCUAUAACGGUGAACCGGGAAAUCAGCCAACGGACAGGGCAACGAUCCUUUUGGUCGUGCCCGACGGACGAACCUUGGGAACCGUGCGCCGGACACUCUCAGAUGCAGACUUCUCCACCAUAGCGGCUUCUGAACUUGGCGAAAUCGACCGCCUCUUCGAGCAGGAGAAGCCGAACAUUGUGCUUUUGGACCUUUCAAAGUCAGAACAGGCAGGGAUGCGCCUAACGCAACGGCUAUCCCGUGAUCUGAACGUCCCCGUCAUUGUUCUGUCCGAGAAGGGCGAAGACAACAACGUCGCUCGUGCCUUCGAAAUGGGAGCGGACGACUACCUCGUAAAACCAUUCUCACCCACUGAACUGGUCGCGAGAAUCAAGUCGUCACUCAGGAAACAUUCCGCUUACCAGAGAGGGCCGGAUGUGUCGUCCGGGUAUUCGUUGGGAGAAGUGUCCCUCGAUUUCGCCGGUCGCACGCUCACCGUCUCAGGGACUACCGUGCAGUUGACGGCCACAGAGUUCAAGCUGCUCUUCGAACUUUCCGGAAACGCCGGUCGCGUACUUACCCAGGAUGAACUGCUCCAUCGCGUCUGGGGGCCGGAGUACACAGGAGAACCCCAGUUGCUUCGCUCGUACGUAAAGUCCCUGCGACAGAAACUGGGGGACAACGCCAGGAACCCAACCUAUAUUUUCACUGAACACGGCAUUGGUUACCGGAUGGCGAAGCAGUAG